AUGUCCUCAUCGUCGAAGAUCACGAUCAGCUACGAACUCAACCCACCAUCCGAAAUCCAAGGGGAGGGCCUCGCCAAAAGCAAAACCCAGAGCUUUGAAGUCGGAGCGAAUCCGGAAGGAGACCAAAAGGCGUAUUAUGCCGCACUCCAAGCUGCAGUCGUCAAGGCGAAGAACGCGAUUGGCGAUGACCUGACCGCUUGGCGGGACCAAGUGGGCAAAGCAGAACUGAACAAGGAGCCAAAACCACGAAACGAAGAAUCUGACGAAGAAGAGGAGGAAGAAGAUGCCGAGGAUGCAUAA